CGUACGAAUGAACUACUAUUCUAUGGUCAGUUCCGGUUACACACUGUCUUGUUCUUUUCUCUGGUGGUGUUUUAUAUGCCGUAGUUGUGUUUGGGGGUUAAGUAUAGAUAUUUUGUUAGCUUAAAAAGCGAAUAAUGGGUCGUAUGCAUGCACCUGGAAAGGGUAUAUCCCAAUCUGCUCUGCCAUAUCGAAGAAGUGUCCCGACUUGGUUGAAACUUUCACCAGAAGAUGUUAAAGAUCAGAUUUACAAACUUGCAAAGAAAGGGCUGACUCCAUCUCAAAUUGGUGUUAUUCUACGAGAUUCUCAUGGAGUAGCACAGGUGCGAUUUGUCACUGGAAAUCAGAUUUUAAGAAUUAUGAAGGCCAUGGGAUUAGCCCCAGAUCUACCAGAAGAUCUUUACUACCUUAUCAAAAAGGCAGUUGCGAUCAGAAAACAUCUAGAAAGAAACAGGAAAGACAAAGAUUCCAAGUUCCGUCUCAUUCUUGUUGAAUCGAGAAUUCAUCGACUGGCUCGAUACUACAAGACCAAAUCCGUGUUAGCUCCCAACUGGAAAUACGAAUCAAGCACGGCUUCAGCACUUGUUGCCUGAGUUUUUUUAAUUGGUUAUGUAUUUGAAUAAACUUAAUUAAAAAAACUUAA